AUGUAUCGAACAUUAUUAAACCGAUCGUGUUUGUCUCAAAUUUUUCCAAGAGUUAAUAUUCAUUUAUCAACUCCAAAAGUGGAAGAAGCAACAUCAAGUAAAGAUGUACAACAAAAAUCAUCAACUAGUACAAAUGAUGAAGUUAAAUUUGAUUAUAAGAAUAAAACAGGUAUUAUUCAAUUGAAUAAACCGAAAGCUUUAAAUGCAUUAUCAUUAUCAAUGAUUGAAAAAAUUUAUCCAAAAAUGAAAGAAUGGGAAUCAGAUGGUAAAACUGAAUUAGUUAUUGUUAAAAGUACUAUUCCGAAAGCUUUCUGUGCUGGUGGUGAUAUUAAAGCUAUUAUGAAUAAAACAGCGGAAGGUAAUAAACAUGCAGAAGAAUUCUUUCGAAAAGAAUAUACGCUGAAUUAUCUUACUGGAAAUUAUAAAUUACCAUAUGUAGCUAUUAUAAAUGGUAUAACAAUGGGUGGUGGUGUUGGUUUAUCAGUACAUGGACCAUUUAGAAUAGCAACAGAAACAACAACAAUUGCAAUGCCUGAAACAGCAAUUGGUUUAUUUCCCGAUGUUGGUGGAUCACAUUUUCUUCCACGUUUAUCAAAUAAUCUUGGAGUAUUUCUUGGAUUAACAGGUUAUCGUUUACGUGGUAUUGAUGUUCUUCAUGCUGGUUUUGCAACACAUUUUGUACCAACUAAUAGAUUAGAAGAAGUUGAACGUAAACUUGUGGAAAUACCAAAAGCAAAUUAUAAUUCAGUAAAAGAUGUUUUGGAUAAAUCUAGUGAAUCGGUUAACUCUCAUGCAUCAUUUAGUCUUCAAGAUCAAUUACCUCUAAUCAAUCGUGUAUUUUCAAUAGAUACAAAAAAUGUGGAAACCAUUCUUGAACGAUUAAAAUCUGAUGGUUCAGAUUUUGCAUUAAAACAAUUAGCAACUCUUGAAAAAAUGAGUCCCACGUCACUUAAAUUAACAUUUGAACAAUUAAAACGUGGUCAAAAGUUAGAUUUAAAAGAUUGUUUAAUUAUGGAAUAUCGUUUAGCACAAAAUACUAUGAUUGGUCAUGAUUUUUAUGAAGGUGUUCGAGCUGUUCUCGUUGAUAAAGAUAACAAACCUCAAUGGAAACCGAAUUCAUUAAAAAAUGUUUCUGAUAAAGAAAUAGAAGAUUAUUUUAAAAAACCUUCAUCCAAUGAAGAUUUACAAAUAUAA